UCUCUUGACACGAAAGCAAACACUUUCAACAAGUUUCAAGUUCAGGGUCAAUUUAAGUGUGAAUGUGUGUGUGUGUGUGUGUGUGUGUGUGUGUGUGUGUGUGUGUUAUAAUUAUUGUCACCACACAUCGCCAAGCACGAGUAUAUGGCGUUGUCGAUACAUGCAUGUGCAGAAGGACAAAGAUCCGGUCUUCAAGUCCCUCGUGCUCCCUGUCUCACUCUGUGGCAGUGAGACAUGGACACUAAAUGGGGACUUGGAGAGGCGGAUGAUGCCCUUGGUACAAUAAGUGUCUAGGCGUCAUCACGGGAUAUCGCCGGAACGCCUUUGCGUCAAACCGGCGACUACUCCGUGAGACUGACUCGACAUGUAUUACCUGCACAGUCCCUCAACGGCUGUACGGCACGUGGCGCGCUGCCCUGAAGCUGAUCCUGCUCGUCGGGUUGUUUGAGACAGUCCUGGGUGGAGGAGGCCAAGGGGACGCCCACGGGGGUCGUGGCUUGACCAGGUCGACAGAUCCUGCCGGGAGGUGCUCGGGCUGGAAAGGGGCUGCAUGGAGACUCGCCCGGAUGGACACCCGGGCUUGGCGUUGUAUUUGGUGGGCGAGGCGACGCGCCCCCCGGCGCAUGCUCCCAUUGAAGGAUUCAUUUAUUUCUAACCUCCCUCCUUCAUAUUUAUCUCCCUCUUGUCCCUAACCUCCUUCCCUCUCCCCCACGCAGGGUCGCCAUGAGUGUGAGCGAGGUGGAGAUCGGCGUGUGGGUGGAGGGCGUGCAAAAGUGGGUGACGGGCGUGACGCGGCGCACCACCUGCCACGACCUCAUCAAGGCGCUGCUCAGGGCACAGCAGCGAUGCGACGACGCCGACGUGAUCCAGUACGUCAUCGUGGAGCGGUGGCGCAAGGUGGAGCGGCCCCUGGACCACGAGCAGCGGAUACUCAAGGUGUGGCGGACGUGGGGCGAGGCGGUGAGUGAGGUUCGAUUCUCCCUCCGGCGGGUACGGGAUGGCGAGGGCGUGGGCGUGGGUGGCGUGGGCGGCAGCAGCGGGCGGGCGGAGCGGAGCAGGCGGCGGCAGAAGAUGAAGCACCACGCUCACGGCACCCGCGAGGCGCUGCACCCACGGAAGCUGCCCAAGGAGGAGGCGAAGUUCAGCGACACGAUGGAGCGCCUGAUGCGGCUGGUGGUGGCGCAGGGAGAGACCAUCCAGACGCAGCUGCGUCGCCUGCAGGAGCGUGAGAGCCAGAUCGAGCAGUACGAGCAGCAGAUGCACCUGCUGCGCGUGCAGAACCUGGGCACCGACUACCUGCUGCACUCCUACCUCAAGGACGACGGCGGCGAGGCCAAGGACGAGCCCGGCAGCGAGGAGAAGAGCAACGACUCGGGCGUGGUCACCGAGGACCUGCCGGACCCGCCGCCGCCCGCCGCCUGCCAUGGCCUGGACGCCGACGACAAGGACGCGGCGGCGGCGGCGGGGCUGCGCGGCGGCGGCAGCGAGGACGUGGAAGAGUUCGCAGUGAUCCUCGCCAAGAUCGAGGAGGUGAACGCGCGCCUGCUGCACGAGGAGGAGGCGCUGAGCGGCAUGGCGGGCGCCGUGACGGCCGCGCGGGAGCAGCACCGCGACGAGGAGGAGCUGCUGCGGCAGGAGCUGGCGUGCGUGGCGCACGUGCACGCCCAGCUGGUGGCCGACGCGCGGCACAACGAGCACACGCUGCGCGAGACGGAGGUGGUGCUGUGGCAGCAGCGCAAGCAGCUCGAGGCGCUGCUCAUCGAGGACACCGAGAGUGACCUCGAGACCAAGGCGCUGCGCGAGCACCUCGACUACAUCAUCCACCUGCCGCCCACCGCCUUCCGCCUGCCCGAGGACGACGCCGACGACCCCGCCCUCGUGGUGACCUCGGCGCGGCCCGUGCACGACCCCGCCGGCGGCAGGGUGCCCUCGCUGGCCGCCUACGACGGCGACCUGCACGCGACGCUCAGACACAACGGCACGGCAAAGGCGUGCACGCCCACACACGACUCGUUGCCGCCGCCGCCGCUGCCGACGUGUCCGCCGCCGGUCGUGGAAGAGGAUGACGACCGCGACUCCGCCAACACCAGCAGCCUCUGCGUCAGCUCCCGCUCCAGCACCUCCUCCGAGGCCUCCACCGGCAUGACCAACGGCGUCAGCACCAAGCCCGCGGCGCACACCCAGACGAGGAAAACCCCCGCCACGGCCUCCUCCUCCAUCUCCUGCAGCACCGCCGCCGCCGCCGCCCGGCCCGGCGAGGCGGCGGGCAAGGACACGGACUCCACGGACUCCAACUCCGACACGGGACUCAGCUCCCUGCACAGCAGCAGCGACGAGGCGGCCUACGCCCUGGACACCCUCGUGUAGGGUGUGUGUGUGUGUGUGUGUGUGUGUGUGUCCCAGGAAGCAUCGCGGCCUGUCCCAGUGAUCUCAUGUGUGGGGAGCAGUGUAAGGUGGAGGAGGGAGUGUACAGACCCAGCCAACCAACCAGUCAAUCAAACCUGCACUCAGUGACUCGCGAACACACGACGCGCGGCAGCCAGUGACGGUGGUAAUACAGAUACUUGAACCUUGAACCAAGAAAAUAAACAUGAAAAAGAACCAUUGGGAAGU